CGGUAACCCAUUAGCAAUGACAGCCGGAAUUCACACUCUCAAGCGAUUGCAGGAAAGUGGGAGCUACGAGUACUUGGACAAGAUAACAGGCGAUCUAGUUUCAGGGGUUCUGGAGUCCGGGAAGGAAGCUGGACACGAGAUGUGCGGUGGGUACGUUAGGGGGAUGUUCGGGUUUUUCUUCACCGGAGGACCUGUUUAUAAUUUCGAGGAUGCCAAAAAGAGUGACACUGAAAAGUUCGCGAGAUUUCAUCGGGGGAUGCUGGAGGAAGGCGUGUAUUUGGCUCCGUCGCAGUUCGAAGCAGGGUUUACGAGCUUGGCGCAUAGUUCGGGCGAUAUUGAGAGAACCGUCGAAGCAGCUAAAAGGGUUUUUUCAGAGGAUUUGAUUCUUGAGUUAACUGUAAUGUUGUAUUCUCUUUUCAAUCAUUUUGGUAGUGUUAAAGUAAGAGAGAGAGAAUCUUGGGUAAAUUUCCCUUGAAUUGAAUAUUGAGUAUGCACAUAUAUUUA